UUGUCACCAGGACGGAGAUAUUUUAUAUAAAUAAGAAUGUUAUCCAAUCCAGUGGAUCAGGAUAAGGCUAUAAUUAUUUUACUUUUAUUUUAAUAAUAUUUUUGUCUUAGCCACUCGUAUUUGUAUAUAUAAGAAACCAACAAAUCCAAACAAGGAAAUUAUCAGGCUUUUGAUUUUCUGCUUCGUUAUCAAAUCUUUCUUGUUUUCUUCCACAGAUCGUUUUAUUGAAUUUUGUUUGCGAGAAUUGAGAAGCUGUCGAUAGCAAUGGAUAGGAUCGAACCUUCGGGGUUGAGAGGUGGCGCGGUGGCGACUUUUGAGGUGCCGCCGGUCUCCGACGCUACAGCGGCGGAGGAGCAGGAGGUAAAGGAACGCCAUUGGUGUAGUUCGUCGUCCACGUCAUCGAUCGGAAGGAACAGCGAUCUGUCAUCGGACGGUGAGAAUGGAGAGGAGAACGAGGUUCAGAGCUCUUAUAAAGGACCCCUGAAUAUGAUGGAUUCGUUAGAAGAAGUCUUGCCCAUGAGGAGGGGGAUUUCUAGUUUCUAUAGCGGCAAAUCCAAGUCCUUCACAAGUUUAGGAGAAGCAUCAUCUGCUUGUUCAAUCAAAGACAUUGCAAAACAGGAGAAUGCAUACACCAGAAGACGCAGAAAUGUACUUGCCAUCAAUCAUGUAUGGGACAAGAACCGAGGCAAUGGCAAGAGGCCAAUCACCUCUAGCCGGAGCUCGUUAGCUCUGGCGGUCGCCAUGAGCAGUUCCGAGAGCAUCGCUAGUACAAGUGAUGAUUCCAGUUCCCGGUCUCCACCACGAUUGCCGCCACUGCAUCCACGAUCACGAGGAUCGUCUUGGCGGUCCUACUCUGUGGCAGAUUUUGAACAAUGUAGAAAUGAUGUAAACUCAAAUUCAUUUUGCUCUUUUCCUGGCGAGAAAAUUGAUCAUAAGCAGCUAAUAUGACAUUUGUAAUCUUUACCAGAAAGUUUUUGUCAAAAAGUUUGUGGAUGCAUUGUGUUUUCAUAUCA